AUGUCAGUAGACAAGUAUAAAAUUCACCAAUGCAUAGGAAAAGGAAAUUUUGGGGAUGUUUAUAAAGCGACUGACAUUUCAAAUAAUACUUUGGUUGCUGUAAAAGUCAUAAAUCUUGAUGAAUCUGACGAGGAUAUUGCAGUUUUAAUUCAAGAGAUUCAAUUUCUAUCAAAAUUAAGAUCCCCAUAUAUCACAAAAUAUUUUGAAACAUUCAUCAACGACAUGUCAAUGUGGAUAGUCAUGGAAUAUUGUGGAGGAGGGUCUUGUGCCGAUUUACUUAAAUGCUAUAGAAAGCUUAAUGAGGAGACAACUGCAUUUAUUAUAAGGGAUGUUUUACGGGGAUUGACAUAUUUGCACGAGGAAAAUAAAGUUCAUCGAGAUAUAAAGCUGGCAAAUAUCCUAUUGACAAGCUAUGGAGAAAUAAAACUAGCAGAUUUUGGUGUUAGUGGGGAGAUUACUAUGACACAAUUAAAAAGAAAUACAUUCGUUGGUACACCAUUUUGGAUGGCUCCUGAGGUAAUCACUAGACUGAAAACAGGGUAUAACGAAAAGGCAGAUAUUUGGUCAACAGGAAUAACUACAAUUGAAUUGGUCACCGGGUCUCCACCGUUAUCGCAAUAUGACCCUAUGAAAAUCUUGUUUGAAAUUCCCAAAAAACGCCCACCAUUGCUAACUGGUGUAGACUUUAGUGAAAAUAUCAAAGACUUUGUUCGAUACUGUCUUAUCAAGGACCCCAAAAAACGUCCUAGCUCUUCAACCUUAUUGCAUCAUAAAUUUCUCAAAAAUAUCAAACGAAACGUAAAUUUAUUCAAACUACUAGAAGAGAAAAAUAAAUGGUCAGAAAAGCAUCAUCGGAACGGUAAAAAACCAAAAUAUCCAUUGAGAGUUGACUACGGUGACCUUCCCGAGUACGAUCCUCUAAUAAAAUGGGACUUCAAUACCAAAAAAAGUUAUCAUACAAAAUCCUCCCCCAUGGAGCAAACUUUGUUGAUUAACAAUGAGUCACCUUUACUAAACAUGAUUAGCUUACCACCUCAUUCACAAUGUUACGAAUUAGCUAUGCCCACAAAAUUAUCUUCGCCUCUUUCUCCACUACAAAUUACCUAUUCUUCACAGGUGUCUCCUGGGUCCCCCCAAAAGCCACAGGAAAGCCCUGAUCGAAAGCUAGAAAAUACCUCUCAUCCGGUUCCAAUAAAGUUCCUCGAUGACGUGGUAUUAUACUCUCUCCAACGUCUACAUGUAAGAGCAAAAGCUCCCAGUACUAAAGUUACAAUCGAUAAGUUGAUGCAAAAUUUUAUCGAUUAUGAAUCCUUACAACCUGGCUUAAGUGAAGCAUUUGUGGAAGAAAUCCUAAUGCUUCAUAUCGCCAACUCUAACUCACACCCCUACUAG